UUCAGUUUUUUUCUCUCUACUUGCGCUGUUUCUGUUUGUAGGUUGUACUGGUUUUGGCCUUUUAGGUGUGUUUGUGAGGUGACUCAGGUGAGGGAAAGGGUGAGGGUUGCAAUGGCAGUGGUGUCCACAUCUCUUGCAUCUCAACUUUCAGGCCCAAAGUCUGCAAUCUCCUCUUCUUCUUGUCCACCACCACAAUUCAGUGGAUUGCGUCGCUCAUCCCUCAACUUGAAGUUGGAUCAGUCUCAAUGUCUCUCAGCUACCUUCUUUCAACAGAUCGAUUCUCAUCUCCGUCUCUCUGCCGGUCGACGACCUUGCAGAGGCGUUGUUACAAUGGGUGCUUCUGGAAAGUUUUUCGUUGGUGGUAACUGGAAAUGUGUAAGUAUCUGUUACGAUCUAUGUUUUCUUAUCCUUCUUGAUUUUAUUUUUGCUUUAAAUCUGGAUUCUUUGUUGUCAUGUUCAAUAUCUGUAUGA